GAUUAAAGACAUACAUGUCUAAAAGAAGUAAGAGUAAUGGAUGCCGGGCAGUGAAGGUGGUUAUAAUCAAGACCGAAUACGUGAAGACGGAUAUUAGCAGCUUUAAAUCUGUGGUUCAGAGGCUGACCGGUAAACAGGUGGAGGAGGAGGAGUCCAGGGCGGCGGAGACGGCUGUGCCGGCACCAGCUUCGCGUUUUGACGGCGGCCAAGUUAACAGCGCAUGCCCUACUCGGUUGCAAUUACAACGUCAGCCGCCGGAAACGGAUGUGUGCUUUGAUGAUUAUUUUUUGCUGUUUGGCAAAGAGUUGUCAUCAUUAGAUGAGUUUUUUAGGCUACCCGCAUAAUAAUACGCAUUCCCAAUCAAUGAUUUUUUUUAGUUUUGAUGGUCAAUCAAUGAAUUAGUUAACCAAAUAUUGUUGAAGUAAUUAGUUCAUACGGGUCCAUACGGAGUAUAACGUGAUCACUUACAAGCUGCG